GCCGCCGCGCGGGCCGAGAUGAUGUGAAACAUGUGGAUUUGUGAUACGAGUUCAUUUGAAAAGUCACUUUGGGGGUGUGACCAUGAUUUCUGAUGAAACCAGAUUGGGAUAAUUUUCAUGAUAUUUGUAUAUUUAUAUAUGUAUAUUUUAAAAUUUUACAUUUGACUUAAAGUGCCAUGAGAAAAUUUGCAUAUUGCAAGGUGGUUCUCGCCACCUCGUUGGUUUGGGUACUCUUGGAUAUGUUCCUGCUGCUUUACUUCAGCGAGUGCAACAGGUGUGAUGAGAAGAAGGAGAGGGGACUUCCUGCGGGGGACGUUCCAGAGCCAGUACAGAAGCCUCAUGAAGGUCCUGGAGAAAUGGGAAAACCAGUCGUCAUUCCUAAAGAGGAUCAAGAAAAGAUGAAAGAGAUGUUUAAAAUCAAUCAGUUCAAUUUGAUGGCAAGUGAGAUGAUUGCACUCAACAGAUCUUUACCAGAUGUGAGGUUGGAGGGGUGUAAAACAAAGGUGUAUCCAGAUAACCUUCCUACAACAAGCGUGGUGAUCGUUUUCCACAAUGAGGCAUGGAGCACACUUCUCCGAACAGUCCAUAGUGUCAUUAACCGCUCACCAAGACACAUGAUAGAAGAGAUUGUUCUUGUAGAUGAUGCCAGUGAAAGAGACUUUUUAAAAAGACCUCUAGAGAGCUAUGUGAAAAAACUCAAGGUGCCAGUUCAUGUAAUUCGAAUGGAACAACGAUCUGGGCUCAUCAGAGCUAGAUUAAAAGGAGCUGCUGUUUCCAAAGGCCAAGUAAUUACCUUCUUGGAUGCACACUGUGAGUGUACAGCAGGGUGGCUGGAGCCACUCUUAGCCAGGAUCAAACAUGACAGGAGAACAGUGGUGUGUCCUAUCAUUGAUGUAAUCAGCGAUGAUACUUUCGAGUACAUGGCAGGCUCUGACAUGACCUAUGGUGGAUUCAACUGGAAGCUCAAUUUUCGUUGGUAUCCUGUUCCCCAGAGAGAAAUGGACAGAAGGAAAGGUGACCGGACUCUUCCUGUCAGAACACCUACAAUGGCCGGCGGCCUUUUUUCAAUAGACAGAGAUUACUUUCAGGAAAUUGGAACAUAUGAUGCUGGCAUGGAUAUUUGGGGAGGAGAAAACCUAGAAAUUUCCUUUAGGAUUUGGCAGUGUGGAGGAACUUUAGAAAUUGUCACUUGUUCCCAUGUUGGUCAUGUGUUUCGGAAAGCUACACCUUACACGUUUCCAGGAGGGACAGGGCAGAUUAUCAAUAAAAAUAACAGACGGCUUGCAGAAGUAUGGAUGGAUGAAUUCAAGAAUUUCUUCUAUAUAAUUUCUCCAGGUGUUACAAAGGUGGAUUAUGGAGAUAUAUCAUCAAGACUUGGUCUGAGACAUAAAUUACAAUGCAAACCUUUCUCUUGGUACCUAGAAAAUAUUUACCCUGAUUCUCAAAUUCCACGUCACUAUUUCUCAUUGGGAGAGAUACGGAAUGUGGAAACUAAUCAAUGUCUAGAUAACAUGGCUAGAAAAGAGAAUGAAAAGGUUGGAAUUUUCAAUUGCCAUGGUAUGGGAGGUAAUCAGGUUUUCUCCUACACUGCCAACAAAGAGAUUAGAACAGACGACCUUUGUUUGGACGUUUCCAAACUUAAUGGCCCAGUUACCAUGCUCAAAUGCCACCAUCUAAAAGGCAACCAGCUCUGGGAGUAUGACCCAGUGAAAUUAACCCUGCAGCAUGUGAACAGUAACCAGUGCCUGGAUAAAGCCACAGAAGAGGACAGCCAAGUGCCCAGCAUUAGAGACUGCACUGGAAGCAGGUCCCAGCAGUGGCUUCUUCGAAAUGUCACCCUUCCAGAAAUAUUCUGAGACCAAAUUUGCAACAACAACGAAAGAAAGGAAAAUAAGGAUUGACUGGGCUACCUCAGCAUACAUUUCUGCCACAUUCUUAAGUAGCAAAGAAGGAAAAGUGUUUUCCUCUCCUGUGGGAUGUAAGGUUUAUCAGCCAUCAAAACUCAGACUCCUUUAGCUUUUCACUUGCUGUGAACCAGCCUUCCUGUCCCAGGACAUGAGACUGCAAAGUAGUGAGACUGUGGCACACUGAUGUUUACAGGGCUGGAAGAGUCCUCACCGAGAACAGUGGCGAAUAGCCUUCAGGUCCCCAGCAGGCGGAAUGUGCUCUCUGACAGAGGCCCCUCCACAGCUUCUGUGCACGCCAGCGUUUCUGCUGAGUGUGCCUCCUGUAGAAGAGGCUCCUGAUAGAACCAGUAGCUGCAAUAUUAACCUGAUAGGAAAGUAAGUGGAAAGAACUGGACCAGGUUCAGCAUCAUGAAAACAUUUUUACAAUAAAAUUAUAUCAAACAGGGUUCAAAGGAAAUUAAAACAGAAUUAUGAGAAGUACAAUUUGUUAUAGUAUCAGAUUUCUAUAUAGAUUUUAUACCUCAGUGGGGAAAAAUUGAUUCUAGUGACAUUCAUUUUGUUUUCAUCUGUGAUAGUCAUGGAUGCUUUUAUUUUCCUUGGGGUGCUGAAAAUGAGAUGGAGUGGAGCUCUGAACACAGUUUUGAUUUCUUUUUACAAUAUUCUUAUUUGGUUUGUGGGCUGUUGGAAUUGUAAGUUUUAAUUGCCUUCUUGUAAAACAAGUGGAGAUUUAACAUGCCUGCUCUCAACUGAAAAGUUAAGAGAUGUCUCAGUUGCUCUUGGGUCAAGGCUCACAGACUCUCUCCUACCCCGUCCCCCACCUCCUCAGUUUCUUACCACAUUUUCAACUUUUUAACUUGAUUCAACUGUUUAUGCUUACUACCCAAGACUCAUGCUACUGUACUGCAGACUUGUGUUCCCAGCAAUAACGCCUCGGUUCCCAGGGAGUCGUCAAACACAGGCUUACAAAGACUGCUCGUUUAUUCGGGGGUUUGGAGAUCGUAUCUGAUGGACUAUUUUGAAAGCCUUUUUCACUCCACACAUAGAUGUGCUUCACUGUCAGGAGCACAUUUAGAUUAGGUUUGAGUUGUGAUGUUGGUUUGCUGCUUUUUUAAAAAAAAAUAAAAUUGACUGAAAAUAAUUAAUUGGCAUUUUUUAAUGAGUUAGCCAAAGAAGUGCAGCUAUGAGUUCAUAUUACAGUCCUGCAUUUCAUCCCUAACUCCAUUUUGUUAACUCAUUUCUUUAAUCUGGUUUUUAGUGACAGAAUCAAGUAUUAAAGUUGAUGAUAAUUAAAGUUUACUUUUUGAUCUCA